GCAAGUCAAAUCCGAUACUACUAUUCACAAAGCUGAUAGUUCCCCUUCUUCCUCCCUGUGCUUUUCCCCUUUCCUUUCUCUGAUUUCUCUCAAAUGAAUUACUGUUACCAGUUGGUGUGAUUCUCCAGCCGAAACUUCACCAACCAAGCAGGAAUGGCGCUCCUGCUGCCGGAGUUCGACCCGGCGGACGUCCGCGCCGGCCGCGACCUCAUCCACCGCCUCACCGCCGACGCCGCCGGCAUCCAGCGGGGCGUCCUCCGCGAGAUCCUCUCCCGGAACUCCGGCACCGAGUACCUCCGCCGCUUCCUGGGCGGCGCCGCCGGCGACGACGACGACGUGCGAGACGCAUUCAAGAGGCGCGUCCCCGUGUCCGGCUACGAGGAUGUCAAGCCGUACGUCGACCGCGUCGCGUCCGGCGGCGAGCCCUCCUCUGCCCUCCUCUGCUCCGACCCCAUCACCUGCCUCAGCAGGAGCUCCGGCACGUCCGGCGGGCAGCAGAAGCUGUUGCCGUCCACCGCGGAGGAGCUCGACAGGAAGGUAUUCUUCUAUGCUGUCCAGGCGCUCGUGAGGAACAUGAGCUUGCACACCGAUCAUGGUGAAGACGACGACGGCGGUGGUGGCGAGGGAAUGUACCUCAUGUUCGCCUUCCACGGUGACCGGACAUUGUCUGGCCUGCCCAUCCAGUCUGCUCUAACUACCUACUACCACAGCAGACAGUUUCAGGAAUGCGACAUUGGCGGGUUUGAUAAGUGCACAAGCCCCCUGGAGGCAAUCCUCUGCCCCUAUGGCGAGCAGAGCAUGUACUGCCAGUUGCUCUGUGGCCUACUUCACCGAUGCAGAGUGGACCGUGUUGGUGCCAGCUUUGCCGCUGGGUUGGUUCGGGGGAUCAAGUUCUUGGAAAAUCACUGGGAGGAGAUGUGCUUCAACAUCCGGAGCGGGCAGCUCAGCGACUGGAUCACGCAUACUCCUCUGCGUGAUGCGGUCACUGGACAGUAUCUUCAAGGAUCUAACCCAGCUUUAGCCGAUGAGAUUGCAUCCGAGUGUGCGAGGAAACCUUGGGAUGGGAUAGUCAGGAGGCUAUGGCCUAGGGCACGGUAUAUCCGGACCAUUGUGACUGGUUCAAUGUCACAGUACAUUCCAAUUCUUGAGGUUUAUGGUGGCGGGCUACCGUUGGUCUCACCAAUCUAUGCAUCUACAGAAUGCGCUGCCGGGAUAAAUCUGAGGCCACUUGAUCCACCAUCCCAUGUGUCAUAUGCAUUGCUUCCAAACAUUGCUUACUUUGAGUUCUUGGAGGUCAUGGAUGAAAAUGGUGAAAAGGUACAAGGAACUACCAGGCUUGAUGACAAUUUGGGUGAGGUAAAAGUUGUUGACCUUGUGGAUGUCAAAGUUGGUCGAUGCUAUGAGUUGAUUGUCACUACCUUUGCAGGUCUUUACAGGUACCGGGUGGGUGACCUGUUUACUGUGAGUGGCUUCUACAAUGCGACGCCAUUGUUUCACUUCUCAGGACGGCAUGAUGUCAUCCUAAGCAUAGAUUACGAGAAGAUAAGUGAGGAGGACCUUCUCAAUGCCAUUGCAGAAACAGAUAAGUUCCACCUCAGGCCUCUUGGCUACAUGCUUGUUGGUAGCACUGCAUAUGCAGACAUAUCCACUUUGCCUGGCCACUAUAUCCUUUUCUGGGAGCUGACCAAUACCUGUGAUAGCAAUGUUGCCAUUGACAUCGACCAAACUGCCAUGGAGAAGUGUUGCUUGGCAGUGGAAGACCACUUCGAUGAAAUGUACCGCAAAAUUAGGCACCGUGGCUCAAUCAGUGCGCUCGAGAUAAGGAUUCUUAGCCAUGGUGCGUUUGAUGCUCUGAUGGACUUCUUUGUGUCUAGAGGGACAUCAGCGAGUCAAUACAAAACUCCGACAGCCAUUCGGUCGAAAGAGGCGAUGAUGGUAUUGGAGGAAAGGGUUGUAGGAAGGUUUUUCAGCCAAGCAACUCCCAGCUGUCGUUCAGCCGAAUUUGAGAGGAGAUAAUAAUUGUACUGCCUGUUCGGUUGGCGUCUCGGUGACAGGAGAGGGCAUGUUCCUUAUGAAAAGUUCAGUCCUGAUCACGAAUAAGUGGCGCAGCAUUGCAAUUCGUGCACUGGAGAAGGAUGAUCCACUCAUCUCCAUCUUGGCACGUCCUUUUUCAGUCUGGAAUUUGGUCUCAGGAGUAUCAUUUCGUGUUUUCUUGUAAAUUCAGAAAGAACUUCUGUACUGCUCCUUCCACAUAGCCUUUGGGCGUAACUGUAGACACAACCCUUGCUCCGAGGUUUAUAAGUUACCUCCGAAUUUACUGAUUGACUGUGUUCUCAA